AAAUCAAGUGCGACAAAAGCACUGCUAAUAUUAAAAAAUGAAAUUAUCAAGCCACUUUUAAUUUAUUAAUUAUCGCGUGUGUACAGAAACGUAAAAAACGAAAAUGUCUAUUAAAAAUAUGGAAUUUUUUGAAGACUGCAUCAUUGUAUUCGUGUCCCAGCUUCUCUUCUUUGCUGGUGGAUGGUGGUUUUUUGUUAAGCAAUUAUUUAAAAAUUAUGAAAUUCGCCACAUAUCUGUGCAACUUAUAUUCUCUGUGACAUUUGCUUUAUCCAUAACCAUGUUUGAACUAAUCAUUUUCGAAAUUCUCGGUGUUUUGGAAAGCAGUUCACGUUACUUUCAUUGGCGUUUAGGGUUAACACUUCUCCUGUUAAUGGUGAUUGCAGUUAUUCCAUUGUAUAUAUUUUAUUCAAUUGUUCAUAGUAUAACCUUCGUAUCCGAAAAAUGGGUACGGAUCAUAACUAUGAGUUGUUGGCUUGCUUUUCUUUAUGGUCUAUGGCGAAUAGGCGAUCCAUUUCCUUUGCUUAGCGUUUCACAUGGUAUAUUCACUAUAGAGCAGGGCGUCUCACGUAUUGGAGUUAUUGGUGUUACCGUAAUGGCCGUAUUAUCAGGUUUUGGAGCUGUCAAUUGCCCUUAUCAAAGUAUGACAUAUUUUAUAAGGCCAGUCUCUCAAAUUGAUAUAAUAACUUUGGAAAGACGUUUGCUACUAACGGUAGAUAUGCUUACCAAUAAAAAGAAACGUAUGGCUUUGGAAAAACAUAGACGAAACAAAACCCAUCAAACCAAGACAGGAUUAUGGAACAUAUUGAGUUCCGCGGUAAAUCGGGUAGAUGUAGGAGGUGAAAAUAUUAGUCAACUAAGGAUGGAAAUUGACGGUUUGGAGGAGUUGUUACGCCAUAUAUUUUUGGAAGUUAAUUAUCUGAAAAAUAUGCAAGAACGUCAGAAAUGGUCAAAAACUUUACAGGGUCGAUAUUUUAACGUUAUAGGACACUUUUUCAGUGUUUACUGCUUGUGGAAAAUACUGAUAUGUACAGCAAAUAUUAUAUUCGAUCGGGUGGGCAAGAAAGAUCCCGUUACUCGAGGUUUUGAAAUUGCCGUGCAUUGGUGCGGUUUCGAUAUAGAUUUAGCAUUCUGGAAUCAACAUAUAUCGUUUCUCUUGGUAGGCUGUAUUGUCGUAACUUCUAUAAGGGGAUUGUUGCUAACCUUAACCAAGUUCUUUUAUCGCAUUUCUUCUAGUAAAUCGUCAAACAUUAUAGUUUUAAUUCUUGCACAAAUUAUGGGCAUGUAUUUCUGCUCUUCGGUGUUAUUGAUGCGUAUGAAUAUGCCUGCCGAGUAUCGUGUUAUCAUCACACAAGUGUUAGGUAAUUUACACUUUAAUUUCUAUCACCGUUGGUUUGAUGUGAUAUUUCUUGUUAGCGCUCUGUCCACUAUUAUUGUAUUAUAUUUGUCACAGAAGCCAACAAACUAUGGUCACUCGUCAUUACAAUAAAACUGCUCCUAUUACAAAUUAACACAAUAUUUUUAUUCUUAAGAAUUUCUUUGAAGAAAAAAUUUGUAAAAAUUUUCUCACUGAUAAAACU